ACUUAUUAACUGGUUUUUAUAAAAAUAUUGAAUAAAGUAUCUAUCUAUAAAUGUCUUCAAAAGCUGUAUUAAGAAAGCAAUUGAAAACAAAAAUUUUAGAGUUGUCAAAAUGUGAAAAAAUGAAUCAAUCUGAAUUUGUAUACAAUAAGGUUUUAUACCAUCCAAAAUAUAAAAAGUGUACAAAUGUGGCAAUUUUCCUAAGUAUGCCAGAUGAAAUUGAUACAACUCCAAUUCUUAAAGAUAUAUUUAAUACAAAUAAAAAAUGUUUUAUCCCCUUUUAUUCAGAAGUUCCAUCUAAAUUAAUGAAAAUGCUGCCAAUUUAUUUGUGGAAUGAUUACUUAAAUUUAUCCUUAACAAAAUGGAAUAUUAAACAACAUUCAGAAAUACAAGGCAAUGAAUCUUUGGACAUAUAUGAUAAAAAUGAAGAAUUAGAUUUGAUGUUUGUGCCUGGUUUGGCCUUUACAAAUAGUGGACUACGUUUAGGAAGGGGGAAAGGCUACUAUGACAGAUAUUUAGCAUAUAUAAAACAAAAAAAUAUUACCAAUGGUGUUAAAUUACCUUAUAUAAUUGCCUUAUGUUAUAAAAUAUCUAUCUUAAGCUAUAUUCCUACGGAUGCACAUGAUAUGAUAGUUGAUGAAAUUAUAUAUCAAAAAUAAACUUUUAAAUUAGUAAAAUUAUAAAUAAAGA